CCAGGUCCUCCCCUAUUGUUUUUCUUUCUUUCUUUAGUUAUAAUCCCUUUCUUGAAUCUAUCUUUUGCUAUUCAAUUAUUUACUGGUCACCUUUGUUAUUAUUGUUUUUGUUUGAUUUCCUUAUCACCAAUUCUCUGUUUCAAGAGUUCAUUUAGUUUUUUAAAUUCUGGUUAUCUGUCAUUUUUGUUUUCUUUUUUCAAUAAUUAGUUCAAUCAUAGUAUCUUCUGUGAGGGCAGCUAAAAACUGGGUGUUAACUCUUUAGUUGUGAGGUAUUUCUGAUCUUGAUUCUGUCCUGUUGGUGUUUGGAAACCUUAAUUGAAGAGAACUGGGUUGGUGUAGAAAUGACUGAAUUCAACUUCUAAAAUUAUAAAUUUAUUUCUAGGAGAUGACAAUAUUUGGAAGAUCUAAAAAUCUUGUUUAGCAAUUGAGUGAGUGACUUGUACUUCUGGGUUUCCAUCAUCUGCAAAUACUAUUUUAGCACUUUAUGAAUGUGAUCCUGGGUUUCUUCGAUCUGCUGCAGCAAAGUAAAGUAUUCACUACUAUUUGAUUGUUCCAUUCUCGUGCAAGUUAAAGAUCGCAUAUGUUUUUAUAUCUAAACGUUCAGUGUUUGCUGCUCAGGUUUAAGCUUAAGAGAGUCUUGAAUCAUGGAGUUUGAAGAAGGGAACUCAGUGGAAGUCUUAAAAAGGGAACAUGAGCCAUAUGGCUCCUGGUUUCCAGGCAGUAUAAUAUCAGUGUUUGUCGAUUAUUACAUUGUUAGGUACGACUCAAUUACAGACAGUGAGGCAGAGCCUGUGAUGGAGAAGGUGCAUAAGGAGGAUGUUAGGCCUCAGCCUCCUCAUGAAAGGGGAAAAAGAUGGAAGGUUGGUGAUGUAGCUGAUGUGUUCGAUACUCGAUGUUGGAGGGUUGGGAAAAUUGCAAAGGUUUUGAAGAACAACCAUUUUGUCAUAAAAUUGUUUGGAUCCAUCCAGCUCAAAGAAUUUCAUGAAUCUAAUCUAAGGAUUCGGCAAGUCUGGCAUAACAAUAAUUGGUCAGUGAUAGGGAAGCUUUCACUGCAGGUUGCUCAAAAUAAAGAAUAUACUGAAAAUAAGUCGAAACAUUCUGGCAGCUUGGUUUGCAGUUCUCCAUUUGAUGAACUGAUAGGCAAAGACUCGAGCUUAAGAAAGAGAAAUGGGCAGAGAGGCCUUAAGGAUGGAAGCAAUAAUGCCAAGAAGUGUCUUCCUGCAAAAAUGGUAAAUAGAAGCAACACCUAUUAUCUUGAAAGAUCUUCCAAGGACCUAUUUUCUUGUGUGAGAGGAUGCCACAGGCCUCUCACAAGAAAUCUUCAUUUGUUUAGGCCUGUAAGUGACGUUUCUUCUCAAGAAGUAAGAGCAGAUGAGGAAUUCAAUGAGGCAUCUAGGAAGAUGGAUGAUAAUAUAGCAAAAGCAACUACCGAACGGAUAUAUAAUUCUUCUAGGCCUCUCUCAACUGAAGAUGGUGACCAAUGCUCUGUUGCUAGUUGUAGUUCAAACGAUUUUGCUCUGAUCUCUCUUAGUCAUAAUUGCAUUAAAGCAUUUGAAAACACAUCUGAUAACUCAGAUGCCGAAUCAUCGUAUCCUUCCUCUUCUGUUAACAUAUGCUUAACUCCUUAUUUGGAACAAAAGUUAGAGGCUGACAUCCAUGAACUAGAGUUUCAUGCUUACAAAUCAACUGUGCAAGCAUUGUAUGCUUCUGGUCCUUUAAGUUGGGAGCAAGAGUCACUUUUAACAAAUCUUCGAUUAUCCCUUCACAUAUCAGACGAGGAACAUCUACUCCAGCUGAGGCACCUGUUAUCCACUCAAGUUCUGUAAUAAUCUGAACCCCUCAGUUUUGUCAUCUUUUGCAAAUCCAAUGGCCACUUGGGAAGAGGUUCCAGCUAAUUCUCAAGCAACUUAAUAGUUAUUUUCCCAGCCAUUGCAGCUUUUGAGAGUACAUAGUUGUAAAUUCUGUUGAGAGGAUUUAAGUUGCUUUUCUUGAAGCUUAGUUCCUAAGAUAGAUACACUUGUUCCGUAUAUAUUCCUGAGUUUCGACCUUUUUGGCUAUUA